UGCUCAUCACUGAACAGCUCUAGGGGAGGAUUCUUGGUUGGGUUCGUGCGGGACCGGAUAGCAGAUACCAUAUACGCCAUCAAUCUCUGCUCUGGAUCGCCUUGCACGUUGGAGACCUGAUUCAGGCGGGACAGAGUUGUCGUAGCAGCGUCUGUGUUUCCUUCGGCGAACCUGAGACGAGGAGACAAAGAGGUUGAAGUUGUCAAUUUUCAAUUUCUUCGGUUGGGGGAGCUGACCUGCCGAUGCGAUGGUUGUCUGUAAAUGCCGCAAGGCGACCAAGCUUUACUGCUUCGUGCAUAAGGUUCCUGUUUGUGGAGAAUGCAUUUGUUUUCCAGAGCACCAAAUAUGUGUGGUUCGCACUUACUCCGACUGGGUAAUAGAUGGGGAAUAUGAUUGGCCUCCUACUUGCUGCCUAUGUCAUGCUGCGCUUGAAGAUGGAAAUGAUCCUCAGACUACUCGAUUGGGUUGCUUGCAUAUCAUACACACAAACUGCCUGGUAUCCCACAUUAAAAGUUUUCCUUCACAUACUGCACCAGCGGGAUAUGUGUGUCCCUUGUGUUCCACUUCGAUAUGGCCUCCUAAAAGCAUCAAAGAUUCAGGAUCCUGUCUGCAUUCAAAACUAAAGGAAGCUAUUAUGCAGACUGGUUUGGAAAAGAAUUUGUUUGGAAAUCAUCCUGUUUCACUGGCAACUGCUGGGUCCCGCCUUCCUCCUCCUGCUUUUGCUUCUGAUCCACUUACGCAUACUGGAGGCAGAGAGAAAAAUAGUUCAAGUUCUUUAGAUUCCAUAAAGGACCCAGCCUUGACAUCUCCAGUAACUGAGAAGACAAACUUGGUUGAAGGGUACCCAUCUACAACUGGAAUAGACUCAUCAAAACUUUCUUCUACUGAUAUUGUGGAGAUAGAUGGUUCUAGUUCAGUGGGAAAUCAAUUUGCAUCUGAUCUGGAGUCAAACUUCAUCAAAAGUGCAAGUCCUGUUGGUCCUGGUGCUACAACAAGAAAAGGUGCUUACCAUGUUGACAGGCAGAAUUCUGAAAUUUCAUAUUAUGCUGAUGAUGAAGAUGGUACCCAGAAGAAGUACACUCGAAGGGGUCCUUUCCAUCAUAAGUUUCUAAGGGCUUUACUACCUUUCUGGUCUAGUGCACUGCCAACUCUACCAGUGUCUGCACCCCCACGCAAGGAUAACACAGAUGAUGUUCCAGAAGGCCGGUUGCGUCAUCCAAGGCCUUCAAGGAUGGAUCCGAGGAAAAUCCUCCUCAUAAUGGCAAUCAUGGCAUGCAUGGCAACAAUGGGUAUCUUGUAUUAUAGACUGGCACAACGCAGUCUUGGUGAUGACCUGCCCGAUGAUGAGCAACAAUGAUUAUCAUUGAAGAUACACAUAACGACAGUACUCUUACAGAUUUUUGGUUACUGGGACCUUAAUCCCGUUGACCCUGCCCUGCUUUCCUUAUGUUGAGUACAGUUUGGCUACUUGUGUUGUUGUAACGCACGGAUUGUUGGAUUACAGCAAAAAUGUCACACAACUCCUCAUAGCUCUCUUGCUUCUUUAUAUGUCCUUCAAAUGUGCAUUGUCCAAGUUGAAUGGAAGAAAUGGAUUAAGGUUAAAUGUCCAAGGGUUUCAUGAACUUGGGGUUGGUCAUUAUUAGUUAUUUCUUUCCAUGGACUACUGAUAUAGUUAUUUGGAAAAGAAAGGUCAAGGCUAAGCCAGUAUAAUUAGCUCAGUUCUGUACCCCUCCCCCCCUUCUGUGUUUCUCUGCAGUAGGAUGAUACUUAAAAUAUCAUGCUUUGAGUAGAUCAUUGUUCAUAUA